AUGUGGCCCUUCGACACGUCAAAAAGCGCGUCCCCCGCGCGCACGCACCCCUACUACCCGCUGGGCGUCGAGAUCGCGGGCUAUGUCGCGAACCACUUCAGCGUGACGGCCAUCCUGGCCAUCUUCAGCACGGCCUGCGCGGCCGUCUUCGGCCUCACCCACCUCGCGAUCCCGCGCGUUCGCAGGCGGGCGGGGUUGCCGAGCCUGCCGACGGGGGAGGGCCUGACGGUGUUCUGGUUCGUCCUCUGCGGCUGCAUCCAUCUGGUGUUGGAGGGCUACUACGCGGCCAACUUCCGCGAUUUGGCGGCGCACUCGACCGUGCUGGGCCAGUUGUGGAAGGAGUACGCGCUGUCGGACUCGCGGUAUCUGACGAAUGACUCGUUUGUGGUCUGUAUGGAGACUGUGACGGCGGUCUUCUGGGGUCCGCUAUCCCUCGUCGUGGCGUACAUGAUCGCGACGGAGCACCCCCUGCGCCAUCCGCUGCAGAUCAUUGUGUCGCUGGGCCAGCUGUACGGCGACGUGCUCUACUACGGCACCAGCACCUUCGACCACGUCGUGUUUGGCAUGGCAUACUCGAGGCCGGAGCCGUAUUACUUUUACGGCUACUAUGUGUUCUUGAACGCCUUCUGGAUCGUCAUCCCGGCUUAUCUCAUUGUCAGCAGCGUCAAGGCGACCAGCAGAGCUGCGAAGGUGGUGAAGAAGCUGGAAAGGCAGCUGGCUAGUGCGAGCGUCAGCGUCACACGUGAUGAGACAUCUGAUGACGUCGCUGAGAGAACGCCCACCGCGGUAUACGCAUCCCAGUCGAGCUCGAGCUGGAAAGGCCAGGGCGUGCGGAACUCGAUGAGGUCCAGGCAUCACUGA